CUCUCGAAUAAUGUGGCGCAAGACAACAUCUGACCGCGAUGUUGAGGACACGUGGUACUUCAAGAUGCCCAAAGUUGAGCUCCACUGCCACCUGGAAGGUUCGUUCCCAUUCUCACUGGUACGCAUCUGCAAAUGUCGCCUCGCCAUGACAACGAGCAUCUCUCUGUUUAAUUGUGCGUGCGUGUGUGUGUGAUGCAGGUGGUGGAUGAGUACAGGCGGCAAGGCAUCCCUCUGCCGUCUGAUGAUGAGGCCGCGUUGCGUGAGUACUUCUUGAUUGAGAGGCCUUCGAGCAUCUCGACGGCUUCCUGGACAAGUUCGCCCAUCUGCAGAAGAUCUUCGGCGACCUGGAUGCCCUCGAGAGGCUGACGACAGUGGCGGUGGAGGGCAAACACAACGAGGGCGUCAAGCUGCUGGAGCUUCGGUUCGCCCCCACGUUCAUCGCACAUGGUAUGGUGAGGGGCAGCCGAUGAAAUGGAUGGACCGAACCAACCCACCAGUUGUGGAUGUGUGGCAUUUAUUUGCUGCUCUCCGCUGUCCGUACGUCCACACAGGCUGGGGCCAGUCCUUUUCGUCCAUUCUGUCGGCCAUUCAGCGGGGCGUCAAGCGGGCCUGCGAGAGGUGUGAAAAUGGCAUCCACGUCGGCCUCAUCUGCAUCGCUGUGGGCGCGUCGGGCCACCAGGAGUUCGACCGC